UGAGAUGUUGGAGCUAUUGGGACGAUUGGUGAGGCUUUUAUAUGUUUUAAAGGCCUACGAGAGACGUAGCAUAUCGAAACUUGACACAUGCAUCUGCCCCACCUAAAUCAGUGCUGUAUCAAGCUGCACAGUCAUGUUACCGUUCGGCGAGCGAUGUUUACCCUGCUACAGGAAAGACAAUGCGUAUCAUUCGUAAGUGGAGAACGAGUGGAGCAAGACUGGAGCAACGAGCACAGGCGAACCGUGUGUUAAGUAUAGAUGAUCGACAACAUGAUUCUAAGUUCAUCGUAAACCGCUGCCAGUCAACGAUGUUUCAACUCCUUGUAUGGUCUCGUACCUUCCAAGUUCAGAUAUUGUACAUAUGCAUCU